GAUUCUUCUACGUAGUAGUUCUCUAAAAGAAAAAUAGAAUUGUAGGUCCAAUAGAAGCCUAGCUAAGAAGGUAUCAAAGAGAUAUUUAUUCUCCUAAACCAAAAGACAAAUCCAACUAUAGUUAAAAAAAGAAGUAACAAUGGAAGCUUGAGUUCUACGGCCUGAAGUUUGAGCAGUUAAAAAUUCUUGGCCGUGUCGGCUAUUGCUUAAUCUCAAAGUUUUUGAUGAUGAAUUGGAUGCAGCAAUGGCUUCAGCACGAGACACUACAACAGUUGUGCUAGUUGCUUGCUUAGUAAUGAUCUCAGCAGCGUCACAAACAAUUCGUCCGAGCUGCCAAAAAGAAUGUGGAAGCGUUAGCAUUCCGUAUCCAUUUGGUACAACUGAGCACUGUUACAUGAACAGCAACUUUUAUGUUGCUUGUAACACAAGUCACAAGCCUCCCAAACUAUUUCUGUGGAAUGUCACAAAAAAUAUUGAGAUAUUAGAGUUGUCACUGAAUGGUCAUUUGCGAGUAAAAUCCCCAGUAGCGUAUGUCUGCUAUGAUGAAAAGGGUGUGCUAGUGGAUUCAGGGAAUUCAUCUAUGACUUUGCAAGCAUUUCCCUUCUCCUACACCCAGAACAAGUUCGUAGGAAUUGGAUGCGACACCCUUUCAACCAUCAAUGCAACAAUCGGGAAAAACUACUCUGCUGGAGGGUGUUUCUCGCUUUGCAGUAGUGUAGAAAGUUCAACCAAUGGAUCCGGGUUUGGCAUUGGUUUCUGCCAAACCUCCAUCCCAAAAAACAUUUUGGCAUAUCAAGCUCGUGUCCUGAGAUCAAAUAUGCUUCAUAGGGAUAUGAAUAUUCCUUGCAGCUACUCUCUUUUGGUGGAAGAAGACUCUUUCGAGUUUUCCAGGGAUGACUUCAUCAAACUGCAGAAGAGAAGAACAGUUCCCACAGUGCUUGACUGGGCUGUUGGGAAUCUAACAUGUGAAGAAGCUAAGAACAAUUUGACUAGUUAUGUUUGCCAAGAAAAUAGCGUGUGUAUUGAUUCUCAAAAUGGACCCGGUUACCUCUGCGAAUGCUUAGAAGGUUAUGUGGGAAAUGCAUACCUUCAGGGUGGAUGCCAAGAUAUUGAUGAGUGUGCAAAUCCGAGUCUAAAUGACUGUUCAGACAUUUGCAUUAACCUACCCGGGAGCUAUAAUUGUUCGUGUCCCAAGACCAGGAAGCACAAGGGAGAUGGCAGAAAAGGAGGAAGUGGCUGUGUCUCGAAUCUACAACAUGUGGUUAACGAGAUUGUGAUAGGAACUGGCAUAGGCCUUGUGCUGCUGUUAGCUGGUAGUGGUUGGCUAUACCACGUGUUUCGAGAAAGAAAACGGGUGAGUCUCUCAGCGCGAUAUUUUAAGAGAAAUGGUGGCUUAAUGUUAGAGCAGCAAAUUUCAAAGAUGGAGGGAUCAUCUGAGAGGGCUAAAAUAUUUACUGCAAGAGAGCUUAAGAAAGCCACUGAAAACUUUCACGAGAGCAGAAUUAUUGGCAGAGGAGGAUACGGCACAGUUUAUAAAGGGAUUCUUCCAAAUGACCAAGUUGUUGCCAUAAAGAAAUCAAAACUAGUAGAUCACAGCCAGAUUGAACAAUUUGUCAAUGAAGUGGUUGUACUUUCGCAGAUUAACCACAGAAACGUGGUCAAACUCCUAGGUUGUUGUCUAGAGACAGAAAUGCCACUGCUAGUUUAUGAAUUUGUGAACAACGGAACACUCUUUGACCACAUUCACAAUGAAAACACCACACUUCCCUGGGAAACACGUCUAAGAAUAGCAGCAGAAACAGCUGGUGUGCUUGCUUACUUGCAUUCUUCUGCUUCCAUACCAAUCAUCCAUAGGGACUUCAAGUCAACUAACAUACUCUUAGAUGACAAAUACACAGCUAAGGUUUCUGACUUUGGAACCUCUAGAUUGGUUCCACGUGACAAGUGUCAGUUGACAACGUUGGUUCAGGGAACUCUAGGGUACCUUGACCCUGAAUACUUUCAGACCAGUCAACUAACUGAGAAAAGUGACGUGUAUAGCUAUGGUGUUGUACUUGCUGAGUUGAUAACUGGAAGAAGGGCACUUUCUUUUGACAUGCCAGAGGAGGAGAGGAAUUUGGCGUUGUAUUUUCUUUCGGCUGUGAAGGAUGAUUGCUUGUUCGAAAUUGUUGAGGAUUUUGUCAAUGAGGGAAACAGUGAGCAGGUGAAGGAAGUUUCUAACAUUGCUCAAUGGUGCCUGAGGCUGAGAGGGGAGGAAAGACCUACCAUGAAGGAAGUUGCUAUGGAAUUGGAAAGUCUCAAAACGAUGACAGCAACAACUUCAUUGAUUAGUGCCACAUCAAAUGCAGCAGAAUAUGUUAUUGGUGAAAGAUCAGGUUCAGCAGAAAGAGACACUGCUAAUUGUCAUUAUACUUAUGGUAUACGUGCUGGACCUGAGGAUGAUACCAUUUGCAAAGAUGUGAUGUCACCGUUAUGGGAUGCAAUGUCUAUGGACUCUAAGCAGCUGCUACUGCAGCUGCUUCUUGUUGCCCUCCUUAUUGCGAAAACCAAAACUCAAACCAUAUCAAAGCCAAACUGUUCAUCAAACUGUGGCGAUGUCACCAUUCCCUUCCCCUUCGGCAUCUCCGACACUUGUUCCUUAGACACCUCAUUUGUCCUCUCUUGCAACCAAACCUCUCCUUCAUCACACACCCUUCUCCUGCCACAAACCAAUAUAACUGUUCUAAACAUCUCACUCGACGGCCACAUGCAAAUUUCAUGGCCUGUAGCCAGCGACUGUUACGCCGACAGAGGAAAACUCGUGAGGCAAACAUUUCAAGACCUAAACCUCACAACUUUACAAGUCUCUUCCAGCAGAAACAGGUUGACUGUAGUUGGGUGUGACACGCUUGGAUUAGUGGUGGGAAGCGAUUUGGAGGGAAAGAACUACACCACGGGAUGCAUUUCCUUGUGCAACAGGCUUCAAGACAUCGUAACAAAUGGGACUUGUUCCGGCACCGGUUGUUGCGAGAUCUCGAUUCCACGCGGGUUGUCGAGUUUCUCCUACGGUUCUGGGAGUUUGUUCAACCACACGCAUGUGAUAGACUUCAACCCGUGCGGGUAUGCGUUCCUGGUGGAAGAUGGGGCCUACAAUUUCUCCUCCACGGACCUCGUCAAGUUCGACAAAACCACGUUUCCUGUGGCGAUGAAUUGGGUGGUUAAGAACCAAACGUGCGAAGAAGCUAAGAAAGAGGCUUCCAGUUACGCGUGUAAGGCAGAGAACAGUGAAUGUUUCCAUUCAGUGGAGGGAUCUGGUUACCUUUGCAACUGCGCAAAUGGUUUCGAGGGAAACCCUUAUCUCCUUCAUGGUUGCGAAGAUGUUAAUGAAUGCAUGGGAUCCAACGAUUGCGUUGAAGGGGCCAAAUGCAGUAACUCUCCUGGUAGUUAUAACUGUGUAUGCCCAAAAGGAUUCGAAGGAGAUGGGAAAAAUUAUGGAACAAGAUGCACUCAGAAAUCUAGCAUGAAUUCAAGGAAAGAAAUCGUACUCAUAAUUGCUCUGAGUGUGAGUGUAGGCCUAGUGGCACUACUUGCGGGAAGCUUUUAUGUGUAUUGGGCAUCAAAGAAAAGAAAGAUCAUCAAACUCAAAGAACAAUUUUUUCAACAAAAUGGUGGUGUUUUCUUACAACAACACAUAAUCAAGCAUAAAGGAUCAAUUGAAACGGCUAAAGUCUUCACUAUAGAGGAGCUAGAAGAGGCCACCGACAACUUUGAUGAAGGCAAGAUUCUUGGCCAAGGUGGCCAAGGAACAGUUUACAAAGGAGUAUUGGUAGACAAUAGAACAGUGGCAAUUAAGAAGUCCAAAAUCAGUGAUCCAAAUCAGAUUGAGCAAUUCAUUAACGAGGUGAUUGUGCUUUCCCAAAUCAAUCACAGGAAUGUGGUAAAACUCUUGGGUUGUUGUUUGGAGACAGAAGUUCCUAUGCUUGUGUAUGAAUUCAUUCCCAAUGGUACUAUUUAUGAGCACCUUCAUGAUCAUAAUUGUUCUCUAAAACUUACAUGGAAAACAAGGUUGAGAAUAGCAACAGAAACAGCAGGGGCCUUGGCUUAUCUGCACUCAGCUACUUGUACACCAAUCAUACACAGAGAUGUGAAGACUACAAAUAUUCUUCUUGAUCAUAAUCUCAUUGCAAAGGUUUCAGAUUUUGGUGCAUCAAGGAUUUUCCCCCUUGAUCAGUCUCAACUAACCACUCUGGUGCAGGGAACAUUAGGGUAUCUUGAUCCAGAAUACUUUCACACAAGCCAAUUGACAGAGAAGAGUGAUGUGUAUAGUUUUGGGGUUGUUCUGGCUGAACUAGUAACAGGAAAGAAGGCACUUUCAUUUGAUAGGCCAGAGGCUGAUAGAAACCUUGCAGUGUACUUUGUUUCUUCCAUGAAAACAGGUCAAUUACUUAACAUUGUGGACAACCAAAUACUGCAUGAUGCAGAUGUUGAGCAAGUGACAGAAGUUGCAAAUAUUGCAAAUCGAUGUUUAAAGGUGAAAGGAGAGGAAAGACCGACCAUGAAAGAAGUGGCAAUGGAACUUGAGGGACUUCAAAUUGUGGGAAAGCACAGAUGGGAAAGUGUUAGUUCAUCUUCAGAAGAGACUGAAAACUUCAUAAACUCAGCACCAUCCAUUCUUUGUGUUGAAAGUGGCAUUAAUUCAGCAUUUGAUAGCUUAAACCAGAUUUCCACCUCUUUGGGGAGUGGAAGAUGA